CUAAGAAGGAGUUUUCUAUUCCUUAGCAGUGAAAAGAGCUUGUAUGUCCUUCCUGGUUUUCCGUUAAACUGAGCUAGUUUCAAGUUUCAGCUCCUCCUCAAAUUCCAGCCUGCUGAGACUUCCCCCAGAAUCAUCCAAAAUGGAGCCUCUUACAACUCACCCUUUAAGAUGUUCAGGGCCCAAAGCAAAGGUAUUUGCAGUUUUGCUGUCUAUGGUUCUCUGCACAGUAAUGUUAUUUCUUUUACAAUUAAAAUUCCUAAAACCUAAAAUCAAAAGCUUUUAUACCUUUGAAGUGAAAGAUACAAAAGGAAGAACGGUUUCUCUGGAAAAGUUCAAAGGCAGAGUUUCACUAGUUGUAAACGUGGCUAGUGACUGCCAACUCACAGACAGAAAUUACUUAGCACUGCAGGAGCUGCACAAAGAGUUUGGACCAUUCCACUUCAGCGUCCUGGCUUUUCCGUGCAACCAGUUUGGAGACUCGGAGCCCCGCCCAAGCAAGGAAAUAGAAUCUUUUGCAAGAAAUAACUACGGAGUAACAUUCCCCAUCUUCCACAAGAUUAAGAUUCUAGGAUCUGAAGCAGAACCUGCCUUUAGAUUUCUUGUUGAUUCUUCAAAGAAGGAGCCAAGAUGGAAUUUUUGGAAGUAUUUGGUCAACCCUGAGGGUCAAGUUGUGAAGUACUGGAGGCCAGAAGAGUCCAUUGAAGUCAUCAGGCCUGAGAUAGCAGCUCUGGUUAGACAAAUGAUCAUAAAAAAGAAAGAGGAUCUAUGAGAAUGUUCUUGAGUCAUUCUAAUGUGGCUCUAUUUUUAUAAUCCUCUAUUUUUCAGAAUACAGAAAUGUCUCCAUGAGGGUGUAGUCCCAUUAAGCACUCUGACAAAGGAUGAUUUUUUUCUUGUUAUCUUCCUAGUAAGUGUAAUGAAUGUCCCCAGGAUAUAGAUGGGGCUAGUCACAGAAUCAAAAUGAAAUAUAUUAAAAACCUCAUCUGACCAUACUGAAUCUGAAUACUGGGUCCCCAAAGGGUUUCAGUAGCCUCUUGUUUGACUUGCCAUUUUUUAAGAUUGUGUUUCUGGAAAUACCAACACACUUGACAACUGUUGGGUUCAUGAUCAUUGUGUGUAAUUGAAAUUUGUGGAGCAGCUAACUGCAAAUGGGUAUUUUGCUGUGAUAAAACACAAAAUAAAUGUUGAAAAAGUAAACUUUCCCAUCUCAUUCUUAUAGAAACAUUUUCUUUUUGAAUUUAUAUAUUGAUUUUCACCUUACCCAUUAAUCUCCUUAUUUUGCCCUUACCUCAUGCCAUUCUCUCUCUCAAUAUGGACCAGAAGAAUGGCUUUGAAGAGGUAUCCCGUAUUGAGUGUAAAUGUUGGCCUUUUAUGUUAUUUUAGUUUAAAAUAAUUAAAACACAAAAGCCAAGUCUUCUAAAUUUAGUAGGUUUUAUUGGUAUCAACAAGUGUCUUUCUAGAGAAGAUAACAUGUUGAAAUUUAACCUUAAAAAACAAAAUGAGGGGCCUCCCUGGUGGCGCAGGCGGUUGAGCACAGCGCUGUGAAGCUGUCCGCAGCCUCUGCAGCGCUGAUUAGAUCCCCGUUGGCAUCGGAACAACCCAAUGGCAAGGCAGACCUCUCCUGUCUCACCUGCUGCUCCCCUCAGCAGUGUAUUUCGUCAGUCUGCCUGUCCUGUUCCCUGCUCUGUCCCUGGUGAAUCCUCUUACCCUCCCGCACAUCUGGCCUGUACCCAGGUUCUUGUAUAAAUAAAAUAAAUCUUAAAAAAAAAAUGAAAACAGUAUUUACCUGGAAGAGAUACUUAAAAUCAUAAACACAAAUAUGCUGAAAUGGAAUGGUAUUGGGGAAUAACAAAAAGCGGAUGAGAUUUGAAAAGUAGCAAAAUGCCUGAGAAUUAAAUUUAAAUUAAGAAGGCAUCUAUUUAACCCACUAUUCUAAAAAUGUUUAAAUUUAAAUAAACUCAGAAUAGAAAUCAUUUCACAAUAACUUAUAAUUCAAUAGUGUAAUACAUUCCUCCUAUCUCAUUUAGAGUGUAACUAAGUGACCAGACCAACAGAGGCUUGUUACAAAUGCCCAUAUCUGUGCCCUGCAUGUUGGGCCCCACUACAUUUGACACUGCUCCAUGGGUCAAAAUGGCCUCUGAGAGAAUAAGAAAAUAAAGUCAUAUUGAUUAAAUCAUAUACUUUCCAACUCACAAGCUAAAUCUCAUGUUUUCUACCAAAUAUAAGUGUCUAUGGGUGCUUUGGUGGUGGGUGUGGGGUGUGACAUAUAUCUAUUCCCCUAGCCCACUUACAGUGUUACAAACCAAUGUUACCUCAAUAAAACAA